GUUGCAGCCGCUGGGCCGCGUGUGUGCAGAGUUUGCGUCGCAGUACAAAGCCGUUUCUCAAGAGGUUCUCAAUGCCGUGAAUGCCCUCUGCCAUCCUGGAAAGAACUUGGGCUUUUCCUACUUCCUUCAGAGGUUUGAUCUCUCAAAGGCUGAUGUACAGCGCAAUGUCAGUCGGUUUGUGACGUUCCUGGUAGCCCGUCAAUGCCUAGAUCUGCGUGGUCUGGUGGAGGAAGUGUUUGUCUCCGGUCUCCAACAUGCGCGUGUCAAAGGUGUUGUUGCUGUGCAUGGUGGGCAGUUAGUGUGUCGCUUGCUCCAGCAUCUUCUCGUCGAGGAGAAGUUGAGUGAAUCAGCAUCUGUAGGCAGUAGUGCACCAUGGCUACCUAGCAGUGAACAGCGCUCUGUGGCGACACUACAAGCCAGUGUGCCAGUCACUCUCAUUCUUAGUGUACUGAAAUCGCUACUCAAGCUCAGCAAUGGUAACUUUGGCGCCAGUAGAAUAGGCAGCAGUGGACUGGAUGCAGCAGGCCGUUCAUCACACAUGGGUGCCAUGAAACUAACGACGGCAGGCACUGGUAUAUUGCCACAAGGUUUCAGCGAUGGCAGCGACUCAGACUCAAAUCCGGAUCAGAACGAGGCUGCAACGAGUCAACAGGAUAUACCUCUAGCAAAGCUUGCAGGGAUGGUCCUACAAGAUAUCUGCGGGCAGGUUUGGCUUCGAGAGCAGUGUCUGCGUCACUCUGAUCUCGUAUGCUCCAAAGAAAUCUUGUUGGAUCCCGUCUUGAAACCAGCACAGGCCCAAGAGCUACUGCGCCUCAUCUGCUAUCCGCCUAACUCCUCCAACUCCAGCGCUGGCAGUGCUGGAUCUUACCAGUCUGGCACUAGUACAGAGAUGGUGUCUCGCAUCAUGGCUAAGUUGGAUCAGUGGAACUUGAGAGCAGCCUCUCUGGAACUUCAGUUGCUGAUUCAUCAAAACCAGUCAUCCGGAUCUGUUCUAGAUGCUAUAGCAUCGUGUGCCAUGUCUAUCUUCCGUGAAGAGCAAUCUCGACAGCAAGCACCUACAAACCCAGUGUUACAUGCCUGUGACCCACCAGUCAAUCCUGCUUGCCCAACUGUAUGGCUAGUGCCACCACUGGUAAAGAAUUUACCUCCUCUGGUUCAUGGCCGAAUGCUCAAAGCAGCCGGUGAGCUUCUUGCUGGUGGACGAUGGUGGAAUCCAGCAACUCUAGACUCUGGCAAGAAAACCAGUGCAACCUCUACUGACAAGGUGAAGGCUCAGCUCGGGGCACAGAAGACUGCAUCAAACUGCAGCCAAACUAAAUUCUGCAAUGCUGCCAGUAUAGCUGCCAGUCGCUGGCAGAAACCUCUGCUUAACUUGGUACUGACAUGUAUGCAGAGUCCUGGUAGCGGACGGGAGGAAUUCUUGCAUACUUUGCAGCGGCAAUUGGCUGCGUUUGUUGCUGCGCCAAAGGAGGAGAUCUGUCCACAGGAUGAAGCCUGCCGCAAGUGGGUAGAGGAUGCACUUCAGCUCCGACUCAACUUGGUUGGCUGUCUGUUUGGUGUCAUUCACCAGAACACUAACCUCUCCAUGGAGUGGGCACUUCUUCUGCUGCAGAUUCUAGCUAGCGGUGCCAUUCAUAUCGACACACACUCGUCACGGGUUUUGUUCACCAGCGUGGUGGAUAUGGCUGGUUGCUUGCUAGUUGAUGCCAGCUACAUGGCUGAACAAGUCAAUCAAGUAGAUGAGAACAGUCGACGACAGGCACUACCCAUGCUGAAACGUGUCAAGGAGCUUGUUAGCAGUGAUGUAGCUGGUAUGCACUUGUGUCGCUGCUUUCUACCCAUACCACAACCGACCCUGACUGUGCCCAUCGUAGAGGAAUUGCCUCCUGAUCCAGAGGCUGGAGUGUCGACAGUUGCAGCCAGCAUGACUAGCUCGUCGGAUAUCAGGCCACGGGGCUUCAGGGUGAUUGGACAACAGGAGGUGAAUGCAUGGGAUCUCUUGCAAGGUCAGCGCGGUCCGCUCUCCUGGAGUUGGUUUGGUGGCAUACGGCAUGACCGUCACCGCCAUGUCUAUGCUGUGCAGCAUCACGGCAUGUUGCUACAUGACCACGGGCCAGCGUUAGAUCUAUUUGAAAACCGAAUUCUUGGCAAUCCCAGUCCUGAUAGUGUGGACCAUGACCUAGCCGGAGACAAGAGUCCACAGCGACCAGCGUCUCUACCUCUUCAGUUUGACAUGAGCGGUGGUGGUGGCGCUGGCAAUCAGAUACGACUGUCUUCAGGUCACCACUUGCUGAGUGCUGGCUCUGUGACUGCUGCUUCUGUGGGUAAUACUCACAUGUUUGGUACACCUUCAUCUGGAUCGGCCUUUCAACCGCAGCAACACCUUUCAUCAACCAGCAGCAACACAAUGACUCCAAGUCGACUGUAUCCGGAUAUCUCUCUACAAGGAACACCCACAAAUCCACCUCUUGUGCAGUAUCAACAACAGCCACAACAACAACAACAACAACAACAACAACAAAAGUUGACCCAGGCUCCAAUGGGACAUCAGACACCGACGAGUGGCACUGCCACCAACCGCCAGAUUCUUCAGCAGCUUUCCAUGCGUGAUCAAUUGCGCAUGGGCACCGCACUGCCAGCUCAUCUCUCAGCCUUGCACCGGCAACAGCAGCAACAACCGCCGCCACAGCAACAUGUCAGCUUGGAUCCGUCUGCGAAUGCGUAUUUAUCACGCACUUUACAGCAGCAACAAGGUAAGGAUGCUGCUCAACUACACGCACAACAACAGCAGCAGCAGCAGCAGCAACAGCAGUAUCAACAGCAGCGCCAGUACCGUCCAGGGCAACAGCAGCCAUAGGUAUACUGCACAAGGUUUAGUUACCUGUUCAUGUCUAGACUAGGUGAUUGUUCACCUCCCAGCAUCAACUGGUCUACAGCUCUGCUACUUUCUCGCCCACUCCAUAUGCCCCUGGAGCAUGGACCAGCAACAGCUGGCUAUACUCGACGUCUCUAGUUCAUAACACUUCGUAGGUUUGUUGUAUGACGUUUUUGUUUGUUUUUGUUGCCCCAGUUUUGUCUGCUGUAUAGCAUAGAUGAGAAAUCACUGUACAAAGUCAACAAUCUUAGUCCCAUGUUUCUUUACUUUCCACUCUCCUUGCAUGUAGCAUAACGUCCACAUUUUGCACAUACCCCCCCCCCCCCCCCCUCCCACACUCACAUGCACAUUUUUUUCUCUAUGGCCUGUGGUUGAACCUGAAGACGGACCACCAAAGCAACAGUUUACUAGUAGAUAUCCAAACAGAAUUCGAAGAAAUUUGAUACACGAAACUAACGGCACUCAACUAGAUUUUUUACAUAGGUAUGCGCAGGGGAAAGCCGUAGUCGCAACAGUACAAGCACUAUUAUUAUUAUCAUGAAUUAUCACAUAAUUACGAACAUGAAAUGAAUUGCAUGCGCGCAAGAGGCGAAUCCGUUUUCACAAACGUUAGUAGACCACACACGCACACCCCCCCCCCCAAAAAAAAUGUGCGUGCCAUAAUUAUCAUAAUUAUUCUCUCGGCCGUGAAACAAGUUUGGUUUUUAUGUUUUGUUCAUCCAUCCGGGUUCAUUCUUCUCCUAUCAACGCAAUCAUACAAACUCACCAUCGUAUGUAACUUCAUGAAAUUGAAAACUACUACUAGUAGUUGAGUGUGCUAAAUAUAAUGUUUUCCAUUUUUUUUAUGAAACAUACAUGCAUAGAUUGCUUUUAUCUCUUGCUUUCGUGAGGCUAUGUUCUGUAUUAAAUCUUGUUCAUAUUCA